ACCGCAAUGACAGCAGCUGCUCCUUUGAACUGUUGGCAGCAGCCAAGCGGCAGCAUGAAGUGAGAGAUCACUCCUGAGCUCAAGAUGAACUCUACCUUGGAUGGUAAUCAGAGCAGCCACCCUUUUUGCCUCUUGGCAUUUGGCUAUUUGGAAACUGUCAAUUUUUGCCUUUUGGAAGUAUUGAUUAUUGUCUUUCUAACUGUGUUGAUUAUUUCUGGCAACAUUAUUGUGAUUUUUGUAUUUCACUGUGCACCUUUGUUGAACCACCAUACUACAAGUUAUUUUAUCCAGACUAUGGCAUAUGCUGACCUCUUGGUUGGGGUAAGCUGCCUGGUCCCUUCUUUAUCACUCCUCCACUACCCGCUUCCAGUAGUGGAGUCCUUGACUUGCCAGGUAUUUGGUUUUGUAGUAUCAGUUCUGAAGAGUGUCUCCAUGGCCUCUCUGGCCUGUAUCAGCAUCGAUAGAUAUAUUGCCAUCACUAAGCCUCUAACCUAUAAUACCCUGGUUACACCCUGGAGACUGCGUCUGUGUAUUUUCCUGAUUUGGCUAUACUCCACCCUGGUCUUCCUGCCUUCCUUUUUCCACUGGGGCAAACCUGGAUAUCAUGGAGAUGUGUUUCAGUGGUGUGCGGAGUCCUGGCACACCGACCCCUACUUCACCCUGUUCAUCGUGAUGAUGUUAUAUGCCCCAGCAGCCCUCAUUGUGUGCUUCACCUAUUUCAACAUCUUCCGCAUCUGCCAACAGCACACAAAGGAAAUCAGCGAAAGGCAAGCCCGCUUCAGCAGCCAGAGUGGGGAGACUGGGGAGGUGCAGGCCUGUCCUGAUAAGCGCUAUGCCAUGGUCCUGUUCCGAAUUACUAGUGUAUUUUACAUCCUCUGGUUGCCAUACAUCAUCUACUUCUUACUGGAGAGCUCCACUGGCCACAGCAACCGCUUCGCAUCCUUCUUGACCACCUGGCUUGCUAUUAGUAAUAGUUUCUGCAACUGUGUCAUUUAUAGUCUUUCCAACAGUGUCUUCCAAAGGGGACUAAAGCGCCUCUCAGGGGCCAUGUGUACUUCUUGUGCAAGUCAGAUGAUAGCUAAGGACCCUUACACAGUUAGGAGCAAAGGCCCCCUUAAUGGAUUUCAUGUCUAA